AUGAGCAACCACUCCGGCACAAUUCACACGGUCCGCUUCUCACCGAACGGGAAAUACUUGGCCUCGGGCGCGGAUGACAAGAUUGUAUGCAUAUAUACGUUGGACGCGAAUCCGCCGUCCCAUGCUGCGAGCUUCGGGUCGAACGAGGCGCCGCCUGUUGAGAACUGGCGCACAAUCAGGAGACUGAUUGGGCAUGACAACGAUGUUCAGGAUCUGGGCUGGUCGUACGAUUCAUCGAUUCUGGUUUCUGUUGGGCUGGAUUCCAAGGUGGUUGUUUGGUCGGGGCAUACGUUUGAGAAACUGAAGACGCUCUCGGUGCACCAGAGUCACGUUAAGGGAAUUACGUUUGACCCAGCGAACAAGUACUUUGCUACGGCGAGCGAUGACCGGACGGUUCGGAUUUUCCGCUUCACAUCCCCGGCGCCCAAUUCUACGUCCCAUGACCAAAUGAACAACUUCGUGCUUGAACAGACAAUUACUGCGCCUUUUCAGAACUCGCCGCUUACAGCUUACUUCCGACGGUGCUCUUGGUCUCCGGAUGGAAUGCACAUUGCUGCCGCGAAUGCGGUUAACGGGCCGGUAAGCUCUGUCGCGAUCAUUAACCGCGGAGGAUGGGAUGGGGAUAUCAACCUUAUUGGCCACGAAGCACCCGUCGAAGUGUGUGCCUUUUCUCCGCGAUUGUACUCCUCGCAACCGGUUAAGAAAAACCAGUCAGACGGUCAGGAUCAUGGGGUGCAGAACGCUGUCACGGUGAUCGCUUGCGCCGGAGGUGAUAAAUCCCUCAGCGUCUGGAUUACUAGCAACCCGCGGCCGAUUGUGGUGGCCCAAGAGCUGGCGGCGAAAUCUAUCUCAGAUCUGGCGUGGAGUCCGGACGGUAGCUGUCUGUAUGCAACCGCGCUGGAUGGAACGAUUCUUGCGGUGCGUUUCGAGGAUGGAGAUCUAGGCUAUGCUAUGGAGCUGGAGGAGAACGAGAGGUCGCUUACGAAAUUCGGUACGAACCGGAAGGGUGCAGGCAUCGCCGAGACUACGGAUGGAUUACUGCUUGAAGAGAAGAGCAAAGCUGGCGAGCUUAAAGGUGUUGAAGGUCGUAUGGGUGCAUUGAUGGGUGAUGGCCAUGCUGCUGGUGAUGCUGUGACCAAUGGGAAAACGACAUCUUUGCCAUCAAAUGGUGCAACACCGGCGGCAGCCCCGUCUCCGACGGCCGAUGCUCAAAAGUCACAACCGAACGGCACUACAGCGACAUCAACGACAGAACCUGAGAAGCCCGACCCUUAUCAAGCCAAAUUGGAGCGAUUAAAGCAGCGGCCUACUUAUACCAAAGAUGGGAAGAAACGUAUCGCUCCUCUUCUGGUGUCUGGCGCUGGAGGUGCCGAGUCGUCAUUGCCGCAGGCCCGAUUAAUGGCGUCGGUUAGUAGCCAGGUCAAGGCCGAUACGCCGCAAUCCAUCGUCGACCUCUCUAAACCAUUCGACGGGUUGCCCAAGGGUGGCUUAGCGACAAUGCUCUUUGGAAACAAGAGGAAGCUUGCCCAAUUAGAUGAUGACGAAGACGGCCAUGUUGAGAAACGCUUGACUUUGGCAAGUCAGAAUGGCGCGACCCCUGUACUUACCAGCGCACCUGAAGGUCUUCUCCCGGCGCAACCUCAAAACCCCCCUACAGGGCAGCAGCCGACACCAGAGUUCAUUCGACCCGCGGUGGUAAAUCCGUGUAUGUCUGUAAGCCAACUCCGGCUAGCCGUGCCAAAAGUUCGCACGCACAUCUCACGUGCUAUCGACUUGGCCGGCAACCCAACAGAACCUCCCAACACGUCGGGAGAAUCAAAUAAAUCCCGAGUUGACGUUACCUUCGAUGCUCGAAAUCCGUCUGUCGCCAGUUUAACCGGACGACCCGCUGAUCGUGAGCCCGUUCGACUUACGCUCACCCGCGGUGAACAACCUUUAUGGCAAGACUUCCUACCAAGGACCGUCCUCCUUGUCACCGGGAACCAAAGUAUGUGGGCAGCCGCCUGCGAGGACGGAUCGGUAUACAUCUGGACGCCUGCUGGCCGCCGUCUCGUCAGCGCCCUUGUCCUCGAAGCACAACCCGUGAUUCUCGAAUGCAACGGCCCAUGGAUAUUGACCAUCUCCGCUGUUGGCAUGUGCUACGUCUGGAACGUCGAGCACCUCUCCUCCCCACACCCCCCGAUCUCCCUCCAACCCGUCCUCGACGCCGCCAUCCACACCCUAGGUGCCCACCCUAGCGCCGCCCCAUCAAUCACCAACGCCCGCAUCAACUCCGAAGGCCGCGUCAUUGUCGCCCUCUCCAAUGGCGAAGGGUACGCCUACUCUCCCUCCCUCUACACUUGGCAGCGCCUCUCAGAAUCCUGGUGGGCCGUCGGCAGCCAGUACUGGAACACAACCGAAGCCCCCAUCGGCAACCUACAGUCUGCAUCCAACGCACAGCAGAAAGACAAAGAGGCUCGAGCGGCUGUCUCGGCUGGUAUUAUUCCUUUCUUGGAACGUAACACCACGAGCGAGAUGCUUCUUCGUGGCCGCGCUCACUUCCUGCAACGGCUCAUCAAGGCACUCCUCUCAAGAGAGGGUUACGAGAGCUUCGAAUCUAGCGUCUCCAUCGCGCAUCUCGAGAACAGACUCGCCGGUGCUCUAUCUCUGGGUGCGAAGGAGGAAUUCAGAUUAUACCUGUCCAUGUACGCAAAGCGUAUCGGCGCCGAAGGUCUAAAGGGUAAAGUCGAGGAGUUACUCAAGGGCCUCUUAGGCGGAUUAUUUGAGGAAGAAGAUGGCGGUGCAGAGGAUGGGAACUCACAAAAGGCCCUCCAGCUCCGCCCCGAACACGCUGAUCGUAACUGGAAGGAAAGCUCCGAGACGCUCUGUGACUGGCCACGAGAGGUGUUGCUCAAGGAGGUGAUUUUAGCUCUUGGUAAACACCGCGACCUCCAACGCGUCACAGUCCCCUACGCAAAGUUACUGGGAGUGGUCGAUAACGAUUCAAGCGCAGACGAUGCGAUGGAGACAUGA